UCUUUUGGUUCAUAGUAUUCAAUCGACCAAAAUUUUAUGUAUUUAUAAGAAUAAAGAUUCUUCUAACUCAAAGUGCUUUCUUCCAUCGAAAAUGGAGUCAGCUCUACAACUCCCAAUCAUCGACCUCUCCUCUCAAGACCGCAACGCCACGGCUCUCUCAGUCCGCCAGGCUUGCUUAGAUUACGGGUUCUUUUACUUAAUCAAUCAUGGCGUUGAAGAAACGUUGCUCGAGAGAGUGUUCGACGAAAGCAGGAAGUUCUUCUCUCUUCCUGUUGAGGAGAAGAUGAAACUUGUUCGGAAGGAACAUAGGGGCUACACCGCUCUUUAUGCUGAGAAACUCGAUCCCACCGCCUCCACUGAUAAAGGGGAUGCAAAAGAGAGCUAUUAUAUCGGCCCUUUGGCCGGCAAUGCAACUGAAAACGACUUGAAUCAGUGGCCUUCAAGAGAACAAUUGCCUUCUUGGAGAGCUACAAUGGAAUCCUUCUAUAAGCAAGCAUUGCUUGCUGGAAGACAAGUAAUAUCUUUGCUUGCAUUGGCUUUGAAUCUGGAUGAAAAUUACUUUGAGAAAAUUGGUGCCUUGGACAACCCGGCAGCAUUUCUUCGGCUUCUACACUACCCAGGUGACUUGAGAUCUCUUGAUGAAGAAAUAUUAGGUGCUUCUGCACAUUCAGAUUAUGGGAUGAUCACUCUCCUUGUUACCAAUGGCAUUUCCGGACUUCAGGUAUGCAAGGAAAAGUCUGAUCGUCCACAAGUCUGGGAAGAUGUCAUCCCUAUAGACAAGGCAUUCAUUGUUAAUGUUGGGGACUUAAUGGAAAGGUGGACGAACUGUUUGUUCCGGUCGACUCUACAUCGAGUGAUUCCAGUUGGAGAAGAACGUUAUUCGGUGGCUUUCUUCUUAGAUCCCAAUGAAGAUUGUGUUGUGGAGUGUCUUCAAAGUUGUUGUACUGAGUCAUCUCCCCCAAGAAGUAAAAAGAAGACUUUCAUUAAGGAAGAGAAAUGAACGAAUACACAGAUAUAUAAAAAAGUACAAUCACACGUAAAGGGGACCUCUCUAGUCAAGGAAAAUGUGACUUGCUGAGAAAUUACGAAAAGCUAUGGACAUCAGGACCCAAAGAGAAAUGGUGAAUCCAACCUGGUCUCAAACAUCCCUACAAGAACUCUCCUCGGAAGAUUCUAUUAUUUCUCUUAGGACACACAACAACACUUCUCUCUCUCGAAAAGAUGGUUCAGGAUGAACUCCAUUGGCUCUCUUGCGACCCUAAGAAGUAGUGAAGGUAUAGUCAAACGCCUUGAAGAGGGUACAGCAAAUUAGCCCAACCAAAUCACAACUCUUAGAGAAAAUGGUCUAGGUCCCCAAUUGCCCUCAUGAAAAGAAUACAACAAUGCAUCCGGACCAAAAAGGACCAAUUGGCUGAGAGUCUAUCCAAGAUGUUAACGUUUUCGUGCAAAAUCUUCCAUACAAAGGAUUUAAUGUUCUUACCAAAUAUCAAAACCAUCUCUUAACUCCACUUUAAAUGAAUUCUGAUCUCUAUGCUUAUCUUCAGUUUGAACACAAUCCUUAGACAGAGCUUGAGCACAAUCCAUAUUUAAUUUCCAUGGUCCUCUUAAGUUUAAAGCAUCAACUACUAGGAAUGAGUUUUAUCAACCAAUUUACGAGUACAAACAAAUCGAAAAGCAUUGAUUAAUAUGCAUUUUUCAUGGUUUAAGAGUCUGUAAAUUCAUCCAUUACAUAGAAAUUUCCUGAUGAUCUCUAGACACUACCUAACAAGAAUCAAUAUCUAAAAUAUAUUGAAAAUUAAAGAACUACAAUAUAAUCCAAGUUUAUGGUACUUGGAACUCAUCUCUUCUCUUGAGUGCUCUCACCCAAACCCUGGAUUACUCCACAAAAUAGUCUCCCCCCUCACUCACUCAUCCUCUUACUAUUUAUAAGACAUCAAGUAACUACCGUUCCAUCUAAUGACCCUUAUAACCUUUAGUAUUACCCCAUAGUAUUAACCUACUAAUAUUCCUUUCUAGGUACCUAACCCAAAUCCAAAUUUAACUAUUUGGAAGCUUUAAGAUAAUUGAA